GAAAGUCGAAGUCUCGUAAGUCAUUUAUCAACAAUAACGAUAUACCAUGUCAAUAAGUACAUUUUAAUAUAAUUAUUCUCAUGAUUUUUUUUUCUGUUCAAUUACUUACAAAUGAAAUAAUUUUUUUGCUUCAGUUAACUUGAUUUUAAAUUGGAAGGUGUUGAUUCUAACCAUGGAACUAUUGAUAUUUGCAUUCUCUGUUAAAAAUAUUAACGAUUUCUGUAAGUGUUGCCCGAUUAUGAACAUCGGAAUUAUUUACAUGAAUGUAAAUGAGCUUUAAGAUUCUGACUUUCACUUGCAAUAAAACUUCAUUUGAUGACUUUAAGAGCUAAAUCUUAAAUGGUGAGUCAAAAGAGGAAUGGCAUAAUAGAACAUGCAAUAUAGUUGAUUACAUCUCAUAUAGAAGUAUCAUUUUCAGUUUUAUAUUUUAAUAGGACAUCUGACUGAGAAUUUAAAACAUUAUGUGAAACAAUAAUAGCAAGCAAUAACCAUCACCUAAGAAUAGAGGAGCCCGAGACUAUUUGGCACCAAGGGCAAGUUGGCGCUCAGUUAAAAGACACUAAAUGACAGUAGAAGUGAGAACAGAAUGAACAGGAAGUAUGACUUCAUAUGCUCAGAAGUUUUUAGUCAUUUUCAUAUGCAGAUACUAGAGGUUGUUAUUUUUUGCUUGAGAAAUUAAGAAAAAAAUGUCUGAAUCUAAAGAAGCAACCAGGUAUGAUGUUUGCUUCAUACAAUCAGUUGAAGAUUCAAGUGAACCAACAGAGAACUUGAAACGUGCUUUUGAGGCUAUGGAUUUUAACCAAUUAGAGCCUAUGUGGGUGACUCCAGAAGAAUGUCUCAGAGUUACUCAAAAAGAGUCCAAAUUGUAUGUUAUGGAUCCUUUUGAAGGAGAAGUUUUUGAACACUUAAAAUCUUUAAGCUGUCGCAUUCUUGGACCCCUUUGUAUUUUAUAUUGUUUACAGAAUAACAGCAGUUUACCAAAAAGGCCUAAUCCUGUGUACAGUGUUUCUAUGCGUAAAAUAACUGUCUCAUGUUCAAAUAUAAAUAAUGAAAAGCGAGAAGCUAUGCGCAUCAAAAUAGAACUUAUGGGAGGAUUCUUCAGCAAAGAUUUAACAAAAAGUGUUUCGCAUCUUAUUGUUGGAGAGGUUGGCUCCAAAAAAUACCGUGUUGCUGCCAAUUUCGGCUUGUCCAUCAUGAUGCCCGAGUGGGUGGAAGAGGUAUGGGAAACUGGUCAACAUCAGCUUAUUCAUGCAUCAGAUAAGGUGUAUGAUAAAUACAAAUGUCCUGUAUUCAGAGGCUUAGUCAUAACUGUCUCUCAACUGACAGUUAGUGAAAGGUCCAGCAUCCAAUCUUUAGUGGAGGAGAAUGGUGGUUCCUAUUUAGCCCCUCUGAAAGCUAAUCAAACCACUCAUCUAGUUCUCACUGAACCAACAGGGGAUAAAUACAGGUAUGCAAAAAAUUGGAAGAUAUUUUGUGUGAAUAUUAAUUGGAUUUAUGAUAGUGUGAAGUCAGGAUACUGCCAAGAUGAGAACCUAUAUAAAAUAGAUGAUUCAUCAUCCCAGUAUUGUCAAUUGAAACGGUCCACCCCAAACAGAGACAUGACAUCUAAUGAAUUGCCAUUAGUAGAUUGCAGUGCUAUAACUAAUGUUUCAAUAAUUACACAUUUGGAUGAAACUGUGAGAAGUGAUACAUCAAUAGUUGUCAAUCGAAAGAAUUCAUGGACAUCUGCUUUGGAAUCAUUUGAUCUCUCGUCUUUGCCAAAGUAUGGACAGUUUUUAGAUGGAUGCAAGAUUUUCCUUACUGGGUUCAAUUCCAUUCAGUUGGACAAACUAAGAAAGAUAAUCAAUGCUGGAGGAGGAAUGAGGUUCAAUACGUAUAGUGAGAGUAUUUCUCAUGUUGUAUGUGGUCAUCUUACAGAAGAAUUUUUGCAAAGCCUUAAAGCUAGCUCACUAAAACCUUACAUUGUAAAUCUUAAAUGGUUAUUGGAAUGCUGUAAAAAUGAAAAAUUAAUGGAUGAGAAAUCAUUUCUUUGUAUGGAUAGUACGCUAUUAAGCCCAGAGAAGGAUAUACCCGAAAUUAAACCUAUUUCCAUGAGUCAAGCAUCAAAAUCCUUCCCCAGGAAAGAUGAUGCUACUUGUGACAUUUUAACAGACAUAUUAAAGCAAUAUGUGGGCAAGGAAGAUAGUGAUGAUACAGAUGCAAACAAAUCAAGAGUUAGCAAGAAAUCAGUUGAGAAGGAUGGUCAACAAUCAAAAGCAGAAUUUAGAUCAACUGCUUAUAAAGCUCUUAUGAAUGAUAAAGAUGUAAAUAUUGUAGACUUGGCUGAUGAAGAUGAAAGUACUUCGAGUUCAGUUCAGUUAUUUGCUGGUCUUAAGUUUAUUGUUGUUGGCUUUGGUGAAAAAGAUUCUGGGAUUCUCGCUAAGAUGAUAGAAGAUCAUUCUGGUAGUGUUUAUAUCAAUGAUCCUGCUUUUGAAGCUGAUAUUGCUGUUGUGCCCAUAAUAUGGCAAGAUCUUUCUUGUCAUGCUGCAAAUGUCAUCACUAACUGUUGGCUACAAAAAUGUAUCGAAGACAGUCGAAUUUAUGAUUUUGAUGAAAAUGAAUUAUUUAAACCUGUUGUUAUACCACCAGGAAAAAGACCAUUUGAGUCGUUUGUAAUAUCCGUCAGUCAGUAUAGUGGUACUGAACGAGACUGUUUGAUGCAUCUGGCCGAAGUUCUAGGUGCCACUUGUCAAGAAUAUUUUGUACGUAAAGCAAAUCGCUCCAGGGGAAUUUUGUCUAACACCCAUCUUAUAGUGGCAACUCCUGAAGGCAGUAAAUAUGAGGCUUCAAAAAAGUGGAAGAUCCCAGCUGUCAAGAAACAGUGGGUUCUUAAUGCAGCUAAAUCAGGUUCUAUUCCACCAGUUGAAAAAUAUCUUGUUGAUAAUCCUCCUUUAUUACAAAUAAAUGAAGACAUUCAUGAGACAUCCAUAACAGGUAAAGAAAAUAUAAAUUGCAAUGACAUUCAUCAAGGAUGCAUAGAAUUGCCAGUUCUUCAAGCUGGGCAAAGUCCAUCAAAGUCUUGCAGAGGUAGAAUUGAAAAACCAAUUACUGUUUGUUCUAGUCAUGUAGAAGAACAAGAUAUGCCAGAUUUAAUUGAAACUAGGCAAAACCUGUCUAAAUGUCUUGAAAAAUCUAUUAGUGACUGCACUGAAAAUCGUAUGGGAAAUCAAAAUAUGCCAAUAAAGGAUGAAUUUCACAGCAUUGAUUCUAAAUCUCGUCAAAAUAUAGCUGAGAAUUCUAAUAAUGAUUGUAAUAUGAAUUUGAAAGAAAAUUUAAGUACGUCAAAGCUAGAUAAGAAUAUUGGUUUGGAAUUUGCGAAGCCAUUUGAUAUGAUUAAUACUUCUACUCCACAGAGAAAUGUAAUGGAAUUAAACUGUGAGAAUAAAAAAGGAGUCUCCCCAAUGCUUUCAAAGACAGAAACUACUUUCAAUGAAAGUUUGAAUUUGGAUCAGUCAUAUAAACAUAAGUUUCAAGUCAGUGACCUUCUGAAGGAUUUAGAUACUAGUGCUAGCCAAGAACAUAGCUUUACGGCUAGUGCCAAAAGAAAGAGUUUGCCUGUUGAAGAACUUUUUGGUCGAAAUCUUGCAUCAGCUAUAAGAGGUGUAAAUAAUAAAAUAUUGUUCCCUAGUGAUGGUAAAUUAGACUUUGAUAAAAAUAGUUUCAUCGAAAGUGAGCCUAAGUCAUCAGAUACGAGCAAUGUUAUGAAAGGAGUAAUUCUCUGUGUUGCUAAAAAAUUAUCCAGCAUACAAAAUGAGUUAACUGAAAUAGUUGUUUCUUUAGGUGGUAGUUACUUGUGGUCGUACGACAAUUCCUGUACUCAUUUUGUAUUCACGGGAAAAGUUAAUGAUUUAGCUAGAGACUUCAGAGAAGCCAGAUCAAAUGGGAAAAAAAUAGUUUGUCCUGAAUGGGUUUAUGCUUGCAGAGACAAAAAUGCUCUUGUUGAUGAAGAAUUGUAUCCCCAUACUUUAAAAAUAAGCAUGUCUUUAACGGAUGAAAUUGCAAUUGUUAAAAGCUCUUCGGCAAAGGAUGAUAAAUUAUCUACACAAAUCAAAGAUGUUAAUCCACCUGUUAGUGCAGCUGAUUUCAAUCAACAAUUAAAUGAUCUUUUAGUUGCAGCAAAAUCGGCUAAGAAGCGCCACUCCAAGCGCCAGUUCAACUCGGUGUCGAGUAGUCCUAAUCAAGAGGCAGGAACUCUGCUCAAAUUGCAACAGAAACAUAUUUCGGAUUCAUUUAUAAAACCCAUCCAUCAAGAAGAAAUUGGAACUGAAGAGCAAGAUACAGGUUCUCAGUCUCAAAGUUAUCCAGUUGUUUGGGAUGACCCUACUGGGAGACUAGAACGAGAAAGAAUAGCCGCAUUGGCUGCAGCAAGCGAAUCUAAAAGAAACUGUGAAAAUGUGGUGAAUUCUUCUACAAAUUUCAAUAAUGUAGGCUGCUCUAAAAGAAUCUCCACCAGUUCUGAUAUAAAGAAAAGUCCAUUGGAUGAAGUUUUCACCAAGUCCAGAGAGACUAGCUGUUAUCCUGAUAUUAGAAAAUUCAUGUUUACUAAUAUUCCAGAGCCAAAGAAAAUCAGAUUUGUUGAAAUCAUCCAGGAACUUGGUGGUGAGGUUUCUGAUGAGAAAGCAUUUGAUAUAACAGCAACACAUCUUAUUCUAGAAAAACCAAUCAAAAAUGAAAAACUGUUGUCCAGUGUUGCUUCUGGAAAAUGGAUACUUCACCCACAGUACUUGACGAUUUGUGAAGAUAAAAAAGAAUUUGUACCUGAGGAAGAUUUUGAAUGGGGUGGGCCUUUCACAGAAGAAUUUUUACAGAACUUGCCAAAUAGUGCUAGGAAGAUUGCCUUUUGCCCACACCGUUGGAGAGCCAAACUCAACAAGCAAACAAAUUUAAAAGGGGCUUUUCAUAAUUGGGUUGUACUCAUUAUUGCUGAUGAUAAAACUAAACAGUCAACAUACACUAAAAUUUUAGAAGCUGGUGGUGCUCAAGUGAUCUCCAGCAAUCAAGAAUCGGAUAGACUUACCCAUGUGAUUGUUGAUAUGAAAAAGAGAAGCCUAUCACAAGUAGAUUUGAGUUCUUAUGUGAGUAACAAAAUUAGAUGCGUAAAGCCAGAAUAUCUGGCAUUUUACCUCAUAGAGGAUCCAGAACCUGAUAUAGAAAAUUUCUUGAUACCUGAAGUGAAGGACUUGUCUUCUUCAGAGCAGUCAUCUAAACGUCGGAAUCUUAGCAUUGCUACUAGAGGUAGCAAAAGGACUCGAAUGUCAUGAUUUUAUUCUGAAAGUGCUUAACUUAUUUGGUGCUUUUCUGUUGACAGAAGUAUUAACCCAAGCUUAAAUGUAAAUGACCAUGAAAUUAUUAUUUUUUAAAAAAUAUAUCACUGUGACUUUAUAUUUGGAAAAUAUUUUCCCCGCUAUUUUAUUGAUAGAAGAAUAUCAAUUAUAUUAUACUUCACAUAUGCACUGACUGACUGUGUAUGUCCUGACUUUAUAAUACUGAUUUUGUAAAUAUUUUUCUUGAGAUGAAUUUAUUUUAUUUACAAGAAAUGAAUUAAAAUUAUCAUUUGA